CAACCGUCCCCCCGUCGUCGCCACCCUCCUCGCAUCGCGUCCGCACGAGUCGCUCUCACCCGCCCCCAGCGCCCUUUCCCCCCCCUUCCUAAGCCCCAUCUGUUUCCCCGGCUGGUUGAAGCCCAGUUUCUUCUCCUCCUUUUAAAUAUAUAUAUAUAAAAUAAUAUCUAUAAAUAUACAUUGUAUGGACGGGGCAGUAGCGGCGACCUGAGGUGAAGGUGGAAGAUGGGUCCGUGUGGCGGCAGCCUCCAGCAGCAGCGCCGCCCCCGCCUGCCUUAGAGACCCGCGAGCAAGCGAGGGAGGAGGAGCAGGAGGCGGCGGCUGAGGAGGCGCCAGCCCGGACAAGCCCCAUGCGGAGGAGUCGGCGCGGAGGGGGCAGCUGCGGCUGCUGAGAGAGGCUGAGGGCGAGAGAGAGAAAAAAAGAGAGUCCUUUCGGUCGGGGUGGGGAGGAAAAGGAGGAGACCCACCCCCGUCUCUCUCGCGGCGGACACCGGCAAAGCAGCGGUCUCUGAGGGGCGCUGGGGAAAGGGGCGAUGUGCCCGGAGGAGGACGGUGGUUGUGGUGGCGGAGGAGGAGGAGGAGGAGUGGUGGUGGUCUCGGCGGCUGCUACUGCUGCUUCUGCCGCUUCGGCAGCCGCGAGCGGAGAUCCGGAGGGGACUUCGGCGGCAGCGACGGCGGCGGCGGCCGGUCUCUUGAGCGAGCUGCGCUCUUGGUGGGAAGUGCCGGCCAUCGCUCACUUCUGCUCCCUCUUCAGGACCGCUUUCCGACUGCCCGACUUCGAGAUCGAGGAACUUGAAGCAGCUCUUUACAGUGAUGAUGUGGAGUUCAUCAGUGAUCUGAUUGCCUGUCUUCUUCAGGGUUGUUACCAGCGCAGUGACAUUACAUCUCAGACAUUUCAUGGCUACCUGGAAGACAUCAUCAACUAUCGCUGGGAACUGGAGGAAGGGAAGCCCAAUCCCUUACGAGAAUCUACUUUCCAAGAGCUACCCUUGCGCACUCGUGUGGAGAUCCUGCACCGCCUUUGUGAUUACCGACUUGAUGCUGAUGAUGUCUUUGACCUACUCAAGGGUUUGGAUGCGGAUAGUCUUCGGGUGGAACCGCUGGGUGAGGAUGGCAACGGUGCCCUCUACUGGUAUUUCUACGGCACUCGUAUGUACAAAGAGGAACCCAUGAAACCAAAUGGAGAAAUGCCUUCAGACAGGGGAUGUGGGAUACAGACAAGCACUCAAAACAUUCCUGGAAAAAUAGUAAAAAGACGAGGGCGACCUCCAAAACGAAAGAAACUACUGGAGGAGAAUCUCUUAAGAGAGAAGGUAGAAGAAAACGCACUUGUGUGUGAGUCACAGAUGAGAAAUGGUUCUCAAGGACCAGGUCAUGGAACAUGGUGGCUGCUAUGUCAGACAGAAGAGGAGUGGAAGCAGGUCACAGAGAGCUUCCGAGAGAGAACAUCUUUAAGAGAGAGGCAGCUUUACAAGCUUCUGAGUGAAGAUUUCCUGCCAGAGAUCUGCAACAUGAUUGCACAGAAGGAGAAACGUCUGCAGCGAAUGGAGUUUUCUCCUAGGUGGAUGUCUGAUCGUCAGCACAUAAAGCCAAUAAGGCAAGAGGUGACUCCUGUGGUGCUCAGCAGAAUGGAGAAGCAGAGACGACGGGAAGAGGAGGAGGAACGUCAAAUCCUUCUGGCAGUUCAGAAGAAGGAGCAAGAACAAAUGUUGAAGGAAGAAAGGAAACGAGAAAUGGAGGAGAAAGUCAAGGCAGUGGAAGAACGAGCCAAGAGGAGGAAGCUCCGAGAAGAGCGGGCAUGGCUGCUUGCCCAGGGAAAGGAACUUCCCCCAGAGCUUUCUCACUUGGAUCCCAGUUCACCUGCUAGGGAGGAGAGGAAGACCAAGGACCUUUUUGAAUUGGAUGAUGAGUUCACUGCCAUGUACAAAGUUCUCGAUGUAGUGAAGGCUCACAAGGACUCCUGGCCAUUCCUGGAGCCAGUUGAUGAAUCCUAUGCCCCAAAUUACUACCAAAUUGUUAAGGCUCCCAUGGAUAUAUCUAGCAUGGAGAAGAAGCUAAAUGGAGGCCAAUACUACACCAAGGAGGAAUUUGUGGGUGACAUGAAGACCAUGUUCAGGAACUGCCUUAAAUACAACGGUGAAAAUAGUGAAUACACUAAAAUGGCUUAUAACUUAGAAAGAUGCUUCCACCGGGCAAUGAUGAAGCACUUCCCUGGAGAAGAUGGGGACACAGAUGAUGAGUUCUGGAUCAGAGAAGAUGGGAAGCGAGAGAAAAGAAGCCGUCGGACUAUACGUUCCAGCACAGGGAAUGUUUGGACUCGAUCCAGAGACUCUGAAGGACCUGGGAAGAGACAACAGCAUGUGCAAAAUGGAGGAAAACUUCCACCUCACAAGGCGAAACAUAGAGUGCCUACUUCUUCCUCUUCUUCCUUCUUCUCUGCCGAGGGUCCAAGUGGUAGUUCUCUUCAUCCCUCUGGAGAAGUGGCCUCUUCCAAUGGCCGAGGUUUCCUGAGCUCACAUAGCUAUGGUGGAAUGUCCAACCGUGUAUCCCAUCCAGGGCAGAUGAGACCAGCAGUGCCAGGACCAUUUGGCUCUUUGCAUGGGUCUGAUCCAGCAAAACCAUAUGGGUCACCACGAGUACCAGAACCACACCCUGGUGAGCCAGGUCAGCAGCAUCAGCACUUUGUCAUGCAGCCUACAGUUGGAUUGAAUGAUCCCAGAGGACAUCGGCUUCCUGCUCCAGAGAAGCAGGUAUGUGCAGGACCAAUGCACGUCUCCACAAUAGGACCACAGCCUGGAUCCCUUCAGCUUGGUCGGAUGACAGGUCCUCCCUCAGAUGCCAGUAUGUAUUCCCCUGCACAAUUUCAGCAAGGAUUCCCUUCUCCAAGGCACAAUGGACCCCCUACAAGACAAACAGAGACCUCAGAGGUUCCCCCUGGACAUGUUUACAGGCCCUAUAAAUACCUAAACCGUGCACAUCCUGCUGUGUGGAAUGGAAGCCAUGAUACAGUAAACCAGAUGACCUUGGGAGUAGACAAGCGACCCUCAAUGGGUCCGCCUCGUGCGUUGAGCCACAUGAUGGACCCUCAGGUACUGAGACCACCUUUGCCACCUAAUCAGUGGACUGAGCAAUCCAAUUUCCUACCUCAUGGAGCUCCACCCUCAGGAUAUAUCCGACAACCAGGAAAAGGCCCUGGUCAGAGAAUGCAGCAGCAGCUACCAGCCUCAUUAUUUGGGCCUCCCACACAAAUGCCAAGAGGAACCCAAGGUGGGGAUUCCAUGAUGGACAGUCCAGAGAUGAUUGCCAUGCAACAGCUGUCCUCCCGGGUAUGCCCACCUGGUGUGCCUUACCAUCCCCGUCAGCCUCCUCCCCCCCACUUGCCUGGACCAUUUCCACAACUGGCCCAUGUGGCAUCUAUGAACAUUCAACCUCCAAAAACAGUUUUAGGGAAUGGGAACUCUCAGGACACCAGCCAGACAGUUGAUUCAGAGAACAACCAAGUGAACCCUCCACCAGGAGUGGAAGAGAAAGCCCAGUGUAUUGGCCUUCCAGAGGGGGCAUACCCCAAGCUGCUACCUCAUUCCAAGCUUCCCUUGCAAAUGGAUUGCUCCAGGCAGACCCAGGAAGGGGAGGGUGUUGAUUCUGGAACUAAAAAUGAUCCAAAAGCAACACAGAGCAAGAGCACAUGGUCAGCGGAGAGUAACUAUACAAGUUCAGCAGCCCAAGGAUGUGCGCAGGACAUUGUAACAGCGACAGAAAGAGGGCCUGUGCCUGAAAAUGGUGCUGUAGGUGAUGGACCAUCCACUGGCACUGAAGGGAAAACAGUGGCUGCUAAUAUAAUGGAGAAGUCACGUUGCACUGGGGGGAAAAACGUGCUGGAAGCAACUGUGCCUUGCGUGGGACAGAGCACCAAUACUCCUGCUGCCAUGGGUAGCAGUCCGGCAGGAGGCACCUCUGGCCAGUUUGCCCCUCUCUACAUGCCCAAUUUGGAAUAUCCAAAUUCAGCAGCACGCUAUCACAUCAAUCCAGGACUGCAGGGAUUUAAUCCUAUGAUGGGAGGGAAACCCCACCCAGUAGCCCAUUCUCAACAUUUUUCUGCCCGAGGCUUUCAACCUAGUAACAGUCCCCAUGGGGUUUUCCCUCGUUACCGUUCCCACCAGGGCAUGCCAUACCCUUACCAGCCUCAACCUCCUCCUUCCUAUCACCACUACCAGCAGCCUCCUUACUAUCCUUGUCCACAGGGCUAUUCAGACUGGCAGAGGCCUUUCCCUCCCCAGUCCAGUCCCACUGGUCAUCCACCUGGUCCAUCACCUCUGGCCAGGCCUCCUUUCUCAGACAGAGCAACCAUGGGCAGCGGCAUGCAGGGCUGUGAAGUGCUUACCACUUCUUUGGCUUCCCCAAACCGAAUGGACAUGGCAAGCACCAAAGAGGUUCCCAGCAGUGGGCAAGAGCUGCCACCUGAGGCUGAGAAAACGGAUGAAUCCCAAGAGAGGCCUGAGAGUCCCAAAGAGUUUCUUGAUUUGGACAACCACAAUGCAGCCACCAAGAGACAAAGAUCAGUUGCAGCAGGAGAAUACCUGUAUAGUUCACCUCCACCACCCAUGAGUUCUUCUGGGCUUGGGUUUGGUCCCUCUGCUUUCCCACCGCACAGUGUCAUGCUGCAGACAGGGUCACCUUAUGCACCACGACAUCCCACCGGUCACUUCCAGUCCAGAGCUUAUGGGUCCCCUGUGAAUGCUCACUUAGCACAUCUUCCAGCCACCAAUCAAGCCAAUGGUCUUGCUCAUGAGGGACCUCUGUACCGCUGCCAGGAAGAGAAUGUGGGGCACUUUCAGGCCUUAAUGAUGGAACAGACAGGACGUGGAGGUGGCAUGGGGGGACUGUCUCCAGAUAUGUAUAGAACAGCAGGAAUGCACAUGCACCAGCCACAAGCCCCAUUCCUAAAGGUGCCUACCACAACACCAGCCCGGGAAGACCCUCCAGCACAAGAAACACCAGCAUUGCCUCUGGAUCAAAGUUAGUCUAAGGCUGGAAGGAUUUGAUGGAGACAAGAGCCACAUAUGAGUGGAUGAGGACAAAGGGAAAUAUACUUUCUACACUCAUCUUCUUUCCCAGAAGCAUCUCUUUCCAAGGUCUGGUGGAUUAGAGCACCUCAUAGGACUGUCACAAUGACACAGAGGGAGCAACUUGAUCUAAUGACAUAUUUCUCACCAGAGACUUAGGUUUCUUUAAGAGUUUAAAGGGGCUCUGUUUGAGGAGCUUGAAACUUUCAUGAACUGCUAAAACUCAGGUAUAUUUUUCAGGGUGAAAGACAGGAGGCUAUGGAAAGUACUUGUAUUAAUAUGUGUGUUUGGAAUGGAAUCCAGUUUACAGAUUUUUUUUUAACCUGUUGCCUUUUAAAAGAAAAAUAUUUCUGUUGGUGAAUGUAUUGUACAUUAUUAGGGUGGGAGUGGUAGGCCUCAAAUGUUGUGGGCAUAGCACUGGGAUGAUCAUAAUAUGUUUACAAUCAUGUCACAUUGAAAUCCUUCAGGAGUGGGUUAGAUGCAGGAAAUAAUUGUUUUUUCUGAUUUUUUUAAUCAACACCACCUAUUGGUUACCUGGGGCUAAGGCAUUGCCUGGCAACUGGCCACAGGUGUUGCUCAGGAGAAAUCAGUGUUCCCCAAUCUUGCCCUUGAAUUGUAUGCACUGCUAGUUCUUGCCACUAUUGGAACUAGGAAACCAGCAAACUAGAAUUUCCAGAAAUUUGGAAAUCUUGUUUAGAAUUGUAGCAGCCUUUUCGCAAACAUUUCUGACUGGGAAUAAUAGUUACCCUGUCAUACACCCAAGCUGAGAUUAUGGGGAUAAGAAAAGAGAAUGUUGUUACAUGUAAUGCCAAUGUUUUCAAAGAUCUCUUUAAAGAUGCUAGAACCGGAGACAAAAGCCUGUGAGAAUAUUACAGAAGGGUUUCUUAUGCAGCAUCUGUGAUGCUUUCAGUGGCACCUAGAAUACAAUAUAAUAUGGCGCUCUGAUUUGUCUUAAGUAUGUGGCUCUCGCCAGGCCUGGACACACAUUCAGUCAGAGUGUGGAAAUUUUUACUAGGCACUACUAUAUUCUGUUGAUGGAUGCCAUAGGUCUGCCCAUUUGUUUACUUGGAUUGUGCCUGGAGUGAGCUUCAAUGUAUAUCCUAAGUGCUCACUCCCUCGUUUCACUGUGUGUAGAAGUUAGUGACUGAACAGGGAAAAUUCCAUGUUUAUUUGAGCUCCUCUGUGCCCAUGGAAAGCAGAGAAAGGAGCAUGUGAGCCAGAAAUCUAUUCUCAGUCUCAUGUCUAGUACAAGUAGCAAGUAAAAAAGGACCACGGCCACAUCUCCAGUGGCAGUUCCAGCUAACCUAAUACAAUUAGAGUACACAGCUCAUGGACAGUCAUUUUCAAAGAAAAGAAACAGGCGCUGGCACCUAGGCCCUGAAAUAAUUUUUUUAACUUAAGUUUUUUGUUUCAAACAACAUUUCCCCUACUGAUUUUCCCCCUCCCAUGAAUGAAUUUAUAUUAGUUGUGUUUUUUUAAAUAGAACUCUAGCCCAGAGUCAUAGCCUCAUUGCAGAGCAGUUACGAUAUGGUGCAAGCUUUAAAGGGGCUCUACCUAUGUCUAUCACUAAAUAUUACUUGAGUUUCUGCCUCUUCCCUUUAAUCUCUUCUAGUCUGUUGCCUGAUAACUUCAUAAACUAGAGAAGAAAAAUUUCCAUUCCUUGUAUAGCAGAUGUGGCUGGCUACUGGCUUUGCAGAAGUUGUUCCACUACCUCCCAUCAGUCCCAGUCAACAUGGCCAACAUUCAAGGAUGGUGGAAGCUGUAGUCCCAACAACAUCUGGUGGGCCACAAGUUAGCAUAGUAUUCUCUUCCCUCCCCCCAAAAAAUCAGGAAUACAUUCCAAAUCUAUAGUCAUUUUAGUCUGUGUAACAAACAAACAAAAGAAUAAUGUUGUGGCACCUUAUAGAUUCACUGGUUUGUCGUGAGAUAUACUUUAGAGAGCAAUGAGCACACUUUCAUUAGAACUGUGAAGCAGGUUAUUGCAUGUGAAAUCUUGUGUGUGCAAUGAGCUUGUUAGGUUGGGCUUAAAUGAUCUACAUGAGCUUAUUAGCACAUUGGAGUUAUGAGAUAGCUUCUAGUAUCUACAGUAAUGUCCGGUGAGGGUAGGACUCUGUUGCUCUCCUGGUUUCCCAACAAGAGCAGGUCUCUGGCACUUGCUGAGAGGGGAGGUGUGAGGUGUGGAGAACUUAGUGUGAUUUAUGGUGGCAGGAGCAGCAGAUUAGCUCUGCUGCUGGGAAGCCAGAAGAUUAGCAGAGCCCCACAAACUGCUACUCAGUAUCUGUAAACAUAUGGAUGUUAGUGGCUCCUAGGAAGGCAUUGUAAUAGGAUAGUGGUGUUAUUUCUUUUAAAAGUUGAUGGGAAGCUUUUGCUAUUUCCCAGUUCCUGUUCUAUCGUAAUUUUGGCAUGAGUGGUUGAAUAAUAAGUGUGUGAGCCUUUUGGAUGGCUAAGAUAGAUGAGUGGCACAGCUGCAGAUGGACUGAUAAUGGGCUUCAAAGCUUGUGCUUCUUGUAAUGAAAGAACUAUCUCAAGCAAUAACCUCCCCACUUUUACCCAUCUGUAUCUGUUUAAGAUACAGAUGGGGUGCCACACAUUCUGGCCCUGCAGGACCCCUGCCUUCCAUGUGGAAGAAACCUUUUUUAAAGAGGCACAUAAUGACCCCUGCAUACUUCUCUCUGAAGCAGGAAGGGAAGAAUAAAUCCUUUCCUAAAGCAGACACACUAAAAAUAAAGAGGAAGUGUUAAUGGUAAAUGUUAAUCAUGUAAAUAAUAUAUGAGUUUUUUGGGGAGGGUGAGUUUCCUUCAUUGAAAUAAUUACCUAGGCAUUAAAAAACCACUAUUGACUGGUAUUAAUUACCAAUAUU